AUGACCUGUACUUCCUCCAGUAACCCCUUCGGCGACUCCUUCUCCGACUACGCCACCCCCAACGCCGCCGUACUCCGCGCUGUCCCCAUCGCCGACCACGUCCCAAUCAAGCUCUCCCACGACUCCGCAAACUACCACGGCUGGAAGACCUACUUCUACCUGCUCUUCCGCGAGUACAACCUCCGCGACCACGUUGAUGGCUCCGCCGACCUCCUCAUCAUGGGGUGCGACUCCGAGUGGAUGGCGAUCGACGCCACCAUCAUCCGCUGGAUCUUCCUCACCGUCUCGCCGGACAUCUUCAGGACCGUCGUUCGCGAGGGCGAUGACGCCCACACGACCUUGGAUGCCUACUGCAUGCGUCUCAAUGCCAUCUCCGAUGAGCUUCACGACCUCGGGUUCCGCAUCGGCGACGAGCUCCUCCUCUCCACCCUCACCGCCGGCCUCAGCGAGGACCUCGACAACGCCGCCUCCAACCUCACCCUCAUGACCAACCCCACCUUCGAGCGCGCCGUCGAUUACCUCCGCCUUGAGGAACGGCGCCUCAAGGGUGUUCACGCCAGCGCCGUCCACUCCGCCCUUGCCACCGGGAUCAGCCAUGGCACUCCGCAGCCAUCUCUCCCUCCGACACUCACCACGCCCAUCCCCGCGCCUCAACAGCAGCCGCAACAAGGUGGUGGCGGUGGCGGCCGCAACCGCUGUCGCGGCCGUGGUGGUGGCCACGGAGGUGGUCCUCACCCUGGGUACUCGCAGCACCCGCCGCCGUGGAGCGGCGGCUACAACCCCUGGACAUGGGUCGUGCAUGCCUACACCAUGCCGGUGCCCCGCCCUCCCGCCCCCGGUAUCAUCGGACCACGCAUGCCGACUGAUCAGGCCUUCUUCGCCGCGCCACAACAGGCCCCUAGCGUCCUUCCCUACACCCCUACCUACGGUGGCCUCACGCCGUACACCGCCUGCCACGCCGUCCCCCUGGGAUCAUGCACUCUACACCGCCCUGCAGUACGCACUCCCUCCGGGCUCCUACACCGGCGGUGGUGA